AUGAAGUCAACGGUGGCUGCUGGUGUCAGUGUUCUCGACGGCAGUGCAAUCCUGCAAGGUGCUCGACUGAAGAGGAAGAAGAAACCAAAACCAGCAGAGGGAGACGGACUGACGGAAAUACAGGAAGAGAAAAAGGUUCAGAGCGAAGAGGCGGGUGAUCUGAAAGACGACCAUCCAGGCUUUGUGCCACGUCUUUGCGCCUUUGAAGAUUUGAUGGUUGACGACGCCAGCCACGCAAUGGCCGACGACCAGCGACACUUUUGA